AUGUCCCGCGGUGUCAAGAGCUCGCAGAGCAGCGCGGCACGCGCGAUGGUGUCCUCGAUGGGCACCCCGGCCGGCCUCAGCUCCUUCUUGGGCGGCUUUACCACCGGCUUGGAGAACAGAGCGAACGCGGAGCUGGAGAGCGACUACGUCGUGGGCCUGAAGCUGCUGAACAAGACCAGCGAGAUCACGAAGCAAAAGGCGUUUGACCGGCUGCUCGAGCUCAUGAAAUCGACUUCUGACCAGGUGCUCCUGCAGUUUGCCAGCGCCACCGUUGAGGCAGUCAUCCAGCACGCCCGCCACCCAAAGCCGUCGAUUCGAACGUCCAGCUAUCAGCUGCUGCAAGCGCUGAUGAGCAAGAAUAAGGAGCUGAAGAAGACGAUCGUGCCGGAGCUCAAGGUUCUGUCUGGUGUCUGGGUUAUGGGGAUGAACGACAUGGAGACCGCCGUGUGCCAGGCAGCCGCGGCCGCCUUCGACGUCGCGUUUCCCGCGGAAAAGAAGACGCUCAUGCUGCAGCAGUUGAUGGACGCCAUCAUGGUGAGUCUGCGCACCGCGGUGGAGGAGGUGAUGGCCUCGAAGAAACCGCUUCAGGAUGACGCGCUGGACCCGAACGCGAACAAGAUCUACGCGGCGCUGAAGUCUAUGGGGUAUAUGGUCAAGCAAGUGAGCGCCGCGCAGACAGCAGUGCUGAAAUUUGUGCUGGACCCGCAGCUCUAUGGGGCGCUUCUGCCACCGCGAGAGGCGCCUAAGUCAUACCUGCUCGUCAAAACACCACUCGCUCGCUCCGCGGUGCUGGCGCUCCUGCGUGACGUGGUGUCCUUCUGCCCUGCGAGCCCCAAGGUGCACCAGCUCGUGUCGCAGGCGCUCUUCGGAUCCAUCCUGGACCCGAACGUAGCGAUGGCUUUGCGGACGUGGGAGCUCCUCCUCUUUUGGUGCCGCAGCAACGUCUCGGAUGUGGUGAGCCACAUGAAGGGUGGGUUUCUCGAUGACGUGGUGAACUGCUUCAUGGGGUGCCAGCACAGUGAGCUUGGGGAGGUGAUUUUCCCGUGCUUGUUCCCUCUCUUGACCUCGCUCUCCAAGGACGCGCGGUGCGAGGGCAUCCUGGAUGAGUUUUGUGCGGCGCUGGUGGAGCGGCUGAGCGUAAUGAGCGAGACGCCGAACGUGAGCGCGCACGAUCUGGGGGUGGUGCUGACGGCGCUGAUGGAGUGCUGGGAGCUGCACUGCGUGCGCAAAAAGACGAGCCGCGUGUCUGAGGACAGCGUGGAGCUGCUCACGGUCAUUAGCUUCAACGUAGUGAAGCUCAUGCAGACCGAGGCGAAGGCGACGCGUUACCAGGCGGCCAUCAUAGCCGCCAUGGCAAAGAGCCUCCUCAAGACCGCCAACCGGUGCGAAGAUGUGUGCAGGCAGUGCUUGACCGUGAUCGGCGCUCAACCCGGAGCGGCGUUCCGCGUGCUCCCCGACUCCCCCGAGCCGGCCGUGCAACGCAGCUUUGCUCUCUUCCAGGCUCGCCUGCUGGGGCGGCUGUGCGCGAGCACGUCAACGCCACCGCCACCGGCGCCUGCUGCAACGACGACGUCGCCGACGACGCGGACAGAGGGUGCGAGCACCGCGCACGGCAAGGCGCUGGUCGUGGAUGUGGCGAACACGUGGCUGCUGCAGCAAGUGGCCGUCCGCCCUGAUGAGCAAAAGUGGGCUCGACUCGCCGCCUUCUUUGAUGAAACGCGCGAUACCCAGUUCUACCCCUCCGACGCGGUGGCAGACGCCGUCCUAGACAUCCUGUGCGCGUAUGUGAGGCACACCCAUGGCGAAGACACCUCGGCACAGGCGCAUACGCGUGAAAGCAGGGCGGCACUGGCGACUUUGAUAAAGGCGGGUCUGGAGUGGAAGCACCGCCCCGCUUCCCGGGACUUGAUGGAGGCGACGUCGUCCACUCAGGAGCACACACUGAAGGAAGCUGCGCUGCGGCACUUGAUGCAAGAUCCGGCGAGGUUGUGUGAAGUACUAACCUGCGCCGUCGCCCAGUGCGACGUUGUCGGUGUUAGCCAGUGCGUCGCGGUAUACGUCGAGCGUGAGCUGACCCUCUCGGAGGAGCAGCGACGCGGUGUGCUGGAGGCUCUAUGCACUUCAGUGAAGGAAACGCUAGCGAUGGUCACGGAGAGCGCAGCGGACUCGGACGCAGGGUCGACAACCACCAGCGACUCGGCGUCUAGGUACAGCUCUUCUGAGACCUCAUCGAUAUCAUCUGCGUCGUCGUCUACAUCAUCGUCAUCGACCAGCGAUAGCGGCCUCGGCAGCGACAUGGCGGAUGUGUCAGCAUCCGCCGCAGGUGGUGGCGACACCGCCAACCUCGCCCCGGAAGCGAGGGAGCGGAUGAAAAAAUGGGGACAACUCUUGCGCAGCGGCGGGGCCUUUGCCGGGCUUUUGCAUCUGGACGCCGCGUACGUUGUGGGCCACCUGCUGACACCUCUGUCCUACAUCAGUGCCGCUGUGGCGACGCGCGUGUUUGUGGAGCAAUACAUCUCGGUCAAGGCAAUGCGAGUCGCGCUGCAAAGGCAGCAGCACCACAGCGAGGACAACGAUGACUUGGUGGCGUACGCGAUGGAGCGGAAGGUGCACUGGUCGAGCAUCGCGGAUUGCAAUGCCGUGACAGCGGAGGUGGGGGAGCUGCUGGACAGCUACUCCGUCCGCGCCGAGGACCGCGACGCCGUGGCUAUGGCGCUUCUCCACUCCGUCUUCAGCGACGACGACGAUCUGCCGCUCUCGUUCUUCGCUGUCUAUCGACUCUCCCAGCUCGUGCCGUACGCCUCCAAGGCGUGCCUGGAGUCGUUCGCGACGUCCGAGUCGGGGUGGCAGCAGGCGGCGGUGGAGGUGCAGGUGGCCGCGCUGGCCAGCAACGAGUCGGCCCUCUCGCUCUAUGAUGGCUAUCUGUCUCUCGACCUUCUGCGUCCCACCUUCACGACCACCGUACGCACAGCGCAGCUUGUCCGCCUGAUAGACAGCGUCGACGGGGCGGCCGCAGCGGUGGCGAUGGCCAACGCAGACCCCAAGACGGUUGCCCGUGUCUUCGGCCAGCUGCUGCGCGUGGCGGCAGCGAAAGAGGUGCUGGCGGACGGUGUGCGUCGCACGCUCUUUGGGAGUGUCUUCCCGGCCAUGCUGGCGUGCUUAGACGUGGCCGAGGUAGCGGUUGAGGUGGCGGCUCUCGUGACCUCGACAGAGGGACCUAUGGCGGCUGCUGGGGUGCCGUACCUGCUGCCGACGCUGGCAGCCGUGCUGCGCGAUGUUGCGCAGGCGGAGGACACGGUGUUCCUGCGCCGUGCCGUCCGCCUGGUGAGCGCCGUCUCGAGCACGGCGGUGACGGCCCUCUUCCAUGCCGAGGGCGCCAAGGGCAUUUCGCCGGUUCUGGCAGCGGCCUACACUACCUUCUUCUCAGUGCUGGAUGAGGUUGCCGAUAUGCUGCGCUUCAACAUCGCGGCACAGCUUCCGGCGGAGCAGGAGCGGCUGCUGCUCGAGGCGAGCUGUCAGCUGCCGACGUGGGACUUGACGACGGCGAAGCUCACCCUCGUGGUCCUGCGGCACCUCGCCUCUCUGCCUGCGGUGGCCGACAGCACUGUGAAGAGCCUCAUAGCGUAUGCAUCGAAGCAAACACCGCUGUCUGGGCUGGAGCUGCUGGCCGAGCUGUCGUGCACCCGCAUCCCCACCCCUGAUGUGUACAGCGAGCUCAUCCGCGUCAUAAUCGACGCCCUCUGCCGCUGCCACCGGCUGCGCCACUUGCCAUCCAACGGCCGCCUGCAGAAAGAGUCGGGUGGCUCGCUGAUGGGCAGCGCACCAGCUGCCCUGACAACCCUGCGCCGAGUGGUCAUGGCGGCGGUGCUAGCCAGGCGCGGCGUCGUGCUCCAUAGCCGUAUGGACAGCGUCCUGCGCAGCACGGUAAACCUCGUCGUGUUCGAUGCCGUCUGCGAGGCGGUUUCGCAGCUGCGGUCGACGAAGGAGGGCGAGGUGGCCCCGCUCGCCAAGCUUAUUGCCUUCACGUCACGCUUCAUGGGCGACUUACUCACCAGCGAUGUCAUGACACUGCGAGGGUCUAAGAUGAGUGUGGAGAAGAUUGCCUCGGUGCUGUGCUUCGCCUACGCCUGGCUGUUUGCGACGGGCAUUGCGAAGCUGGAGCAGCUCGGUGUAUCGACAGUUGCGAGUGUCAUUCGCAGCGUGUGCCUCCUGGCGAACCUGACGCUCAUGCGCGUCACCGUCCCGCUUGCCGCGCCGAUGCAGACCAUCAUGCAGCGUUUCUCGCUGAAGCCGCUGCGCGAGGAAUACUCAACCGCGCAGCCGGCGAAGGUGGCACAGUUCCGCCACCAGAACUCGGUGCUGACCAAGACGCAGAAGCAGAAGAUGCUGCUCUUCCCGUACUUGCUGUCGUGGUGCGUCUACCUCACCAGCGCUCCACCGCCACCAACAGAGGAGGCGCAGGGCACUGGCAGCAACGCCGCGUGUGACAAGGACUGGCAGCGACAGGUGUACAGCCUUCUCGAUCUCUUGUUUGCUCUCAUGCUGACUCCGAUGGAGCGAGUCUCGACCAGGCUAGAUUCGACGUUCAUUGGUGCCUCACUGAACCCCGGUGCCGCAAGCGACAGCAGCGCCACCGGGCCGCUCGGCUUCGAGUUGGUUGCGCUCACGCGCGUCGACGCGCCGGAUCAGAUGGCGCAGCUGGCUCGUGGUGCCUUCGCCGUCUUUACGCAGCUACUGCACGACAACACCUUGUCGCUGACGAAGAGUUGGCUGGAGACAGUGGAGCGCAAAGGUCGCGCACUCUUCUACAGUUCCGUCGGCCAGCACAUCACCGGUAUCCUCAUUCAAGAGAGCUUCCUGUCGGUGCUGAGGCACAGCCCUGACGGCAGCAGUAGCUUCAGCGUCGGAGACGGCUGCAGCGUGGAGGUGAACGUGGCUCAGCAGCUCAUUGACCUGAGCUAUGAAAUGGAAGACGCGAAGGUCGCCGUGCGUAUCACCUUCCCGCCGGCAUUCCCGCUGCACCCGCCCGUGGUCGAGUACGAGACGGGUCGUGAGUGUGGCGUUUCCCUGAAGAAGUGGCGCUCGUGGAUGCUGAAGAUGUCCGUCAUCCUCUUCGGUGGCUCGGCGAACGUGUGGGAGUGCAUUGACCUCUUCCACCAAAACCUCGAUGCGCACUUCCGCGGCAUCGAGCCAUGCCCCAUCUGCUUCGCCGUCGUGAGUCACGUGAACCACAAGCUACCAGACGUGCGCUGCUCCGUGUGCCACAACUCCGCCUUCCACUCGAACUGCCUGUACACAUGGUGGGCUACAGGCUCCAACAACGUCUGCCCGCUGUGUCGUUCGCCAUGGAUCGCGGAGUAG